CAUUUCAGUGUCUACGUGAUCAGUGCUAUCACCCUUUCUUCUGAAAUCAUGCAAAACCAGAGCUUUGUCACUGAGUUUGUCCUCUUAGGAUUGUCACAGAAUCCAAAUGUCCAGAAAUUCCUAUUUGUUGCAAUUUUGUUCAUCUACAUAGCCACGGUUGGGGGCAACUUGAUUAUCGUUGUGACCAUCAUAAGCAGCCCAGCUCUCCUGGCCUCCCCCAUGUACUUCUUUCUGGCUUUCCUGUCCUUCCUGGAUGCGUGCUUCUCCUCGGUCAUAGCCCCGAAAAUGAUUGUGGACUCUCUCUAUGAAAGGAAAACCAUCUCCUUCGAGGGCUGCAUGACCCAGCUCUUUGCUGAACACUUCUUUGCUGGGGUGGAAAUCAUUGUCCUCUCCGUUAUGGCCUUUGAUCGCUAUGUGGCUAUUUGCAGGCCCUUGCACUACCCCUCUAUCAUGAACUGGAGGCUCUGUGGCAUCCUGAUGGGGGUGGCCUGGGCUGGAGGCUUUUUGCAUUCUAUAAUACUAAUUUUCUGUACUUUCCAUUUGCCCUACUGUGGCCCCAAUGUUAUCAAUCAUUUCAUAUGUGAUUUGUUCCCAUUAUUGGAGCUUGCCUGCAACGACACUCAUGCCCUUGGCCUUUUCCUAGUUGUCAAUAGUGGAUUUAUUUGCAUCAUAAACUUUUUAUUGUUGCUCAUGUCAUAUUGUGUCAUCUUACUCUCACUGAGAGCUCACAGCUCUGAAGGUCGGCAGAAAGCUCUCUCCACGUGUGGCUCUCACAUGGCUGUUGUCGUGCUGUUCUUUGUUCCGUGCAUAUAUGAGUAUGCACGACCUCCAGCUUCGUUCUCCAUCGAUAAGAUGGUGGCCAUAUUUUAUACCAUUGUAACGCCCCUGCUAAAUCCUGUGAUUUACACAUUCAGGAAUAAGGAAGUGAAAAAUGCUAUGAGGAAACUGUGGGCCAAAUUGGUAGUAUCUUAUGAUGAAAAAUAA